AUGUCUUUGAUAAGCGAGGUCGGGUCCUCUUUGCGUAAAUAUGUUUUUGAAAAACUUUCCAAAACAACCGGAUGGAAGGUUUUGAUUAUGGAUGAUGCUGCCACACGUGUAUUAUCAUCAUGUUUCAAGAUGCAAGAUAUAACUGAGUACGGUGUAACUCUUGUAGAAUCUCUAAACUGCAAGCGUCAAAAACUAAAUAUGCAUGCAAUAUAUAUCAUGAGGCCCCGAAGAGCAGAAAUAGAAUUGCUUUUACAAGACUUUCCUGAAUCAAAUCCAACUUAUUCCGCUGCGCAUGUUUUCUUUUUGUCUUCUUGUCCGAACGAUUUGCUUAAUCAGAUAAUUGCUUCACAAGCAGUCCGACGUAUUAUGAAUAUGAUUCAAUUGUCGGUGGAUUUUAUUCCCUUGGAAUCUCAUCUGUAUUCACUAGAAGCCACGGAAAGUGCUCAACUUUACUUUUUGCCAUCAGAUAUUGUUCAUGACAAACUCAGUCGAAUCGACCAGAUUGCAGAACAACUUGCUUCUGUUUGCAUAACUUUGCAAGAGUAUCCAAAAAUUUGUUACCAAAAGACAGAGAGUAACCUCGAAUUGGCCCGUCUUGUGCAAGUGAAGUUAGAUACCUAUAAGAGCGAUAACCCGAUUUUGGGUCAGGGCUCACAUAAAGAUCAAAGUCUUUUGUUGAUUGUUGACCGAAGUUUGGAUCCCGUUACUCCUCUUUUGCAUGAAUUGACAUUACAGGCUAUGUGCUAUGAUUUGCUCACUGUGGAGGAAAACACAAUCGAGUAUAGUGGAAAUCGCAAAGCAAAUGUUGCUGAUGGCGAUGCACUGUGGAAAGAAUUUCGACAUCAGCAUGUUGCAGAUGUCACGAGGGCACUUCCUCAACGUGUUCGUGAAUUUGCUGAAAGUAAAAAACAAUUUGUUGAAUUCGAAGAAGCUAAUUUGGAUAAUGUUCCAUCAAAAGAAGAUACAAAUAAAAAUACUGUCGAUAUAAGAGAUUUAUCUGAUCUUAUCAAACGUAUGCCACAAUAUCAAACAGAAUCGGCUAGUUAUGCAGCUGCUUAUCAUAUUGUUGAGACUUGUAUGGCUACAUUCAAAAAAGGUGUUGAUAAACUAUGUGAAAUUGAACAAGAUCUUGUGAUGGGUGAGAAUGCAAAAGGAGAACCUAUAACGGAUCCUAUGCGUGUAUUGGUUGAUAUUUUCAAAUACGAUUUUACAACAGUGGAAGAACGUUUACGUCUUUUACUUAUAUUUACUCUUAUAAAAGAGGGAUUUGCAGAAACACACUUAGAUAAAUUGUUGGAUUGUGCUCAAGUUGCACGUUCGUUCAAACCACUAUUUGCAAGUCUUUCAUUCAUUAUGAAUGCUCAAUUAAUUCAAUCUGAUCCCGUCACUAUAUCGUUGCCUAAUCAGACAAAUGUCCCACAAUAUCAAUUGGGUAGAUGCGUAUCUCUUCUACGUUUACCACCAAUUCCAAAAGUUAGCCAAUUAUUACAGACAUACCUUCCAGUAAAAAAGAAACGUGUAGAUCGUGUUAAUGCUAGUUCAUAUGCAUUAUCACGAUGGACACCGUAUAUUUUAGAUAUUAUGGAACAAGCUAUUUCGGGUAAGCUGGACAAAUCACGUUUUGGAUUCGUUGUAGCAAAAGGUAUUAAAGAUGUGUUUGGUCUCGGUAAUGCAGUGGAUACUAGUUCUAAGGAUUUUAAAAAGCCUUCCGCACGAUUUCAUGCCAGUGGUGUUUUGUCUGCAGGUCCUUCAGCAUCUGUUAGGUCAUCUAGCCCAAAUCCUGGUUCGGAUCGGAAUACAGCUGCUUCUUCUAUGACUGAACACUGUGGUCCUCGCCUUAUAGUCUUUGUUGUUGGAGGUUUCACGUUAUCAGAAGCCAGAGUGGGUUACCAGUUAACGCAAAGAUGUAAGGAAACCCGUCUUGCAGCUAGUGAUAAGAAUACAAAUAAAAUAAAUACACCUACAACAGAAAAUAUUUCAACAAUCCCCGGUGGAGGAGUUGGUUGGAACUGGGAAGUUGUACUGGGUGGUACACACUUGUUGACACCAAAAAUAUUUCUGGAUAAUCUUGAAGGCAUUGCAAAAAUCAUAAUGCCACCAGUUUCAAGUACACCAAUACCUGAAUCAGUACUUCGUCGUGUCUCAAUUAUGAAUCCUUUUCGAGGGUGA